AUAAAUGGAGCUCCUACUACAAAAAAUCAAAAACACUAAAAUUAACAAUUUAAUAUGUUUUUUAAAAAAUAAAUAAAUUCAUAUAAUGAUUAAAGCCCUAUCACAACAAAUAGCAAUUUCUUGAAAAAAUAAUAAUAAAGUAAUAUUAUGGCAAGUGGUUUUCGAGACACUCUAGUAAAUAUUUAAAAAUAUAUUUUUAAAUUAAAAAAAUAAAGGAUUAAAAAUCUUAAAGCCAAUCAGCAAAUAAACUAAUAUAGUAAUAAUUAUAAUAUCAAUAAAGCAAACAGAAAAAUCAAUAAUAUAAGGUCGAAAUUGACGAUCAAGAAGACCAAUCAAAAAUCUAAAAAAUCUUCACUACUUUACCCCAAGAAUAUCAAGAUGAAAUAGACCAAUAAGUAAAUGCUAAUUUAAAAGGAAUCGAAAGAAAAUACUAAAUUGAUUAUCUUGCACAUGGACAUCGUUAUUAAGGGGAAAAAUAUUAAGGAAAAUUACAUGGUUGGGGUAUUUUUUGGUGGGCUAAUGGAGAAAUAUAUGAGGGAGAAUUUUUCGAAGGAAAAUAUAAUGGACUAGGAAUCUAUUACUGGCCUACAGGUGCUAAACAUUACGGAAAUUUUAAAGAUGGAGAAAUUUAAGGAUUAGGAGUAAGAUUUUAUUAAGAUGGAAAUAUUUAUUUUGGAGAAUGGAUGAAAGGAAAAAAUCAUGGAUAAGGAACAUUUUAUUGGUAAAAAAGUUAGGCUAAAUUCAAAGGAAGCUUUCUAAAUGAUCAAAUAUAUGGAAAAGGAACUCUUAUUUGGCCUAUUUUUGAAGAAAAAGAAGAAAGCGAAAAAAAUGGAUGCAAAGAAGAAAGUGAAGAAGACGAAUAAGACGAAUAUGAAUAAUAUGAUUAGGAAAACGAAGAUGAGGAUGAAGAUGAAUUUUCAUAAAAACAAAGUAGAAACAAUUUUGGUACUGAUUAGACUCAUAAAGAUUUAAAAAUAAAAGAAACUCGAGUAUAUGAAGGUUUGUGGAAAGAUGAAAAUGGAAGGGGAAUUUCAGUAGAAGAAAUAGAAUUUUAAGUUUAAUCAUAAUAAAUUGAAUAAUAGAAAGUUAUUAAAAAAUAAUAGGACAAUAAAAGCAAAAACAAUUUAAAAAAAAAGUGGAGAUUAUGAAAAUUAAC